AUGGAGCUAAAUUCUGUUAAAGAUGCUUUUGACCGAGUUACUAAAAAGCAAAAGUUAUCCAGUUCUAAAGCUCAAGAGUUGCUUGAUCAGAUCAAACAGGAAAUUGAACGUGCUUUAGAAUCGAUGCAGUCAGUCAGUAACACUGAUCAAGCGCUUGAUUAUAAAACUGUCCUGAAUGAGCUGAAGGCCAGUUUACUUAAAAUCGCCCCACUUGGCCAAAUGGAAAGUACACAAAAGGAGCUAAAUGUAGCACUCAACAAAUAUGGGAAGCAGGUUGAGAAAUGUUUCAACCCUGAUAUAUCCAAAGCUUACAGAAACAUCGACAUGGAUACGCGCACUAUAAAUCAAAUAAUUGCCAACCAUUUUUAUCGCCAGGGUCUUUUUGAUGUUGGGGACCAUUUUCUAAGUGCAGUUGGAGAACCUGAAUCUGCUGCAAUUAUGAAAUCUCCAUUCCUGGAAAUGUAUCAAAUACUCCAAGCCAUGCAGAAUCAGAACCUGGAGCCAGCACUCAACUGGGCUGUGACUAAUUCUGACAAACUUGCUCAAAGUGGAUCUGACAUUGUGUUGAAACUUCACUCGAUGCAAUUUGUAAAAAUACUUCAAAAUGGUGGAAGUAGAGAUGAAGCCCUUCAUUAUGCAAGAACUCACCUUUCUCCUUUUGCUAGCAGUCAUAUUGCUGAUGUCCAGAAGCUUAUGACUUGUCUUCUGUGGCCUGGAAAGCUUGAUAAGUCUCCAUACCAUGCAUUACUUUCCCCAUCUAACUGGGAUAAUUUGGCUGAGGAACUUAAAAGACAGUUUUGCAAUCUUUUGGGGCAGUCAUACAACAGCCCAUUGAGCGUGACCGUAGCAGCAGGGGUCCAGGUUUUGCCAGCUCUCCUUAAAUUUAUGAAUGUCAUGGCAGGAAGGAAGCAGGAAUGGCAGUCUAAUAACCAAUUACCAGUGCCAAUUGAGAUGGACGAGGAAUUUCAGUUUCAUUCUAUUUUUGUUUGCCCUGUCUCAAAGGAACAAGCAUCUGAAGAUAACCCUCCAAUGUUGAUGUCCUGUGGCCAUGUCCUCUGUAAGCAGUCUAUCUUGAAAAUGUCCAAAAAUAGCACAAAAGUGUUUAAGUGCCCGUAUUGUCCCUCUGAUAUUGAUGCAGCACAGUGCAAGCAAUUAUGUUUGUGA